UGAAUGUACAAACUGAAUAUUACAUACGGCUUCUGCUGACCCUCGUUCAAGGAGGGAUGCUGGUUUGUAAAGGUAUCAUUGAUAGAGAACUUACAGGUAUUACACUUGAUGUCAUCCUGAAACCUCAUGAACCAAAACUGAAGAAGAAGCUAAUAAAGUCCCAGUAUAUCAUACUGUUUCCUAAGAUUGGAACCCCUGAUGUUGAAGACCUUGAUCUUUCCUUGCUGACAGUUGUUCUUCAAGAUGUGAUGAUUCUUUCUACAGCUGACAAACAGUAUAUUAAAGUACUAAAGGAAACAAGAAACACAUUGGCGCAUAACUCCACAGCUUCAGUUGAACUCACUGAUUACAAUAUAUUGAAAACAGAUCUGGAAGACGCAUUGACGAAAUUGUGCGUAGGCCUUGAUGUGACUCUACAGACUGAAUGCUCUAAGUUAAUACAGCAGUUCACAAGCGAGCCACUUGACGAGGCAACUGCUUUAAAAUAUGUAAAGGAGCUUAGAAAUGAAGACGAGCUGUUACAAGAUUUUGAAGGAAUGUUGGAAAAACAAUCUGAAGAUAUUGUGCAAGAAGUCAAAGCAUCUGAGAACCGAUUACAAGAAUCCCUAUCAGAUGUUGAGCAGAGAUUAAUGGGGGAAUUCCAGAAACUGCAGGCUGGAUACACAGACGAUUUCACACAUUCUAUAUUUCCCGAUACUUUGCCCAACUGUGAGGUUUGUUUCAACGUAGGCAAAACUGCAACAUUCUAUUGUGAAGCCUGCUGUAAGUUUAUGUGCACUGAAUGCAACCAACGUAUCCAUACUGUUGAGAAGACGCACAACCGACAAAGAAUAGAGAAAGGUAGGCCAUUUAAGCUAGACAUGAAGGGUUAUGAUAAGUGUGAUGAACAUAAAAAAUGCGUAACACAUAUCUGCAAACCUGACUACAAACUUUGCUGCGAGGUGUGUGUAAAGGAGAAACAUGAACACUGCGGUACAAUUGAAUCAAUUUCUGAAGACACAUGCGAGUCUAAACACAAUCCAUCAAUGGAAAUACCUCGACUUCAAAACGAAGCACACCUGCUUAUUGAAUGGUUGUCUUCCAUUGAAAGAGAUGUAAACAAGAAUGUAGAAAGUAUUCCUGCAAUGUUAGAUGAAUAUAGAAAUGCGUUGUUGAAACUUUUUGAUUCUGAAGCACAAAAGAUAAAAGAGAAAGCUACUGAAAUGAAAAGUAGUACAUUGAAAGAAAUAAAGAAAAGUCGUAAAAACUGUGAGGAUGUCAUGGAGAAAUCUGAGCAGGCGAAACUUUUACUGAUUAAUAUGACGAAAUGUGGAACAACCUCACAAAAGCUAAUUGCUCAAUACCGGAUAGAGGAAUUUAGGAAUCAGUUGCAAUCCCUAACAGAUAUUAAUAUUGUAGCUUUACAUCUUGAAUUAAAAUUACCAGAACAAAUUGCUUUUCAUUCUGAACUUCUCCCAGUACGAGUGGAGGUACCAGGAACCAGACCGGUACAAUUGUUUCAGAUCGAUAAACUGGAAAUUAAGCAGGGCAUUAAAGAGAAAAAGCAUCCGUUUUACACAGGUAUGGAUUUUCUGCCGGACGGUAGACUGGUUACCGUAGAUAAUAAGAACAAGAAAUGUUUGAUUUACAAUGAGAAGCUUGAGAAAGUACGAUCAUUUCAGUUAUCGUAUUAUCCACAGAGUGUAGUUGUUGUAUCUGCGGAGGAAGUGGCGAUAACAAGUGGUGGUGACUACAAGAUAGACUUUCUAAGUGUCAGUAAACGUAAUGAAAUAACUUUGAUCAGGACAUGCAAAGUGACGGCAGAAUAUGACUCCAUAUGUACCAAAGAUGAUCGACACUUUGUUGUUGGAACUGUCGAUGAAUCCAGGCCGUUUCGUAUUGUAACUAUAUCAGGAGAAGAGAAAGAUUUCAGUUUCAACUUUACAAACAAAACGUAUCCUGCUGACAUCGCAUGUACAUAUAUAAGAAACAGUGACAAGGUGGUUCUCAGUGAUAGAGAAAACCAUACUGUUUUCAUAUACGACACCGCGACCAACAGCAGAGUCGAUAUUAAGGACCAACAAAUUAGAGAACCGCAAGGUGUUGCAGUUGGACCGUUUGAUUGUAUAUUUGUUUGUAGUAACGAACCAGACAGCAUUGUACAGAUUACUUCGACAGGACAUAUCUUAGCAUCUCAUAAGAUAGAUAUGAAGUAUCCUUACAUCAUUUGUUUUUCAAAGGACAAAUCGAGGCUAGCCAUUUCGAACAAUGUAAAAGGAAAAAGCGUUUUACAACUAUUUAAAGUAGUGAUGUGAUAAUUUGUAAGGACACAAUUGUCUCCAAUAGUUCAUUGAACAACAGAAAAAUGUAAGUGUUGAAAACAACAAUAAAAGAAAUUCAAUGACAAAAUUUCAAAAUAUUAUGGCUCUAUAGCUCGAAAGUUUUAUAUUAUUAGUUAUGUAUCUUAUCUACGAUUUCAUGCAAGACUUAGUGCAGUGCGGCUGCAGUAAAAAGUUCCAGAAUACUGGGACACAGUAUUGUUAUAUUUUCUAGCCCUGCGGCAUCAUGGAGUCCAUUCUUAUCAGUGACUUUGUAGAAUCGAGUUCCGCCUAAGCAGGUGCUGGCGGGCGUAUGGGAUGUUGCACAUUACCUGAUCUGUAUCAAACAUAGUGUGCAAUUAUUUUGUACGCUUUCAAAGUUCCUAUAAAUGAGCCGUGCC